AGAGCAGCAGAACGAGCGAGCGAUUGAGGAGGCAGUGGGGGAGGGUCACGUGUGUACACAGUGUGGGGCUCAGCAGCACUCCAGCAGCAGUAGUAAAGUCUGAAACGGACGGCCCCCUUUUCAGAACAAGCCUCGUCCGAAAAGUUGCUGGAGGAUGUCCGUGGCUCGCGACGUGCAGUAAAAACGGUUCUUCUCACUGUUUUUAGGCUUGAAGAGCGCGAGGACAGGCGAAGUGCGUGUUUUUGGACGUGUGUUUGUCAAAUGAAACGACUGAGAAAUGGCAGUGGAAAUGCUACAUCCAAACCCUAUGCCUCCGUAGGUGAAACCCAAAGCGUUACGUUUCUGUUGACCUGUUAAGAGACUGGACCUGUGUCAGAGCCCAGCGAUGUGGAUUUGCAUGGUUUACAAUGAGACGGACAGCAGCUUGGACUUCCGGCUCUGCCAGGACUACGGCCUCAUCCUGUCCAUCUUCUCCCUCAUCUACCUCCUGGUAUGCUUCCCUUUGGGGCUGUGCUACAACGCUCUGCUGGUCGUGGUCAACCUCUCCAACAAGGUGUCCAUGACUAUGCCGGAUGUUUAUUUCGUCAACAUGGCCAUCGCGGGACUCGUGCUUAAUGUGGUGGCCCCCGUGGAGCUGCUGAGCUCCACCUUCACGCUCUGGCACGUGUGGGAGUACAACAACGAGGUGUACAUCACUCUGCUCAUCCUUUUCAACAUCUCCUCCCUGGUCAUCAUGUACUCUACCACGCUGCUUAGUCUGGACUACUAUAUAGAGCGGGCACUACCUCGCACGUACAUGUCUAGUGUGUAUAACACCAAACAUGUGUGUGGGUUCAUCUGGGGCGGGGCGGUGCUCACUAGUUUCUCUUCGCUGCUUUUCUACGUGUGUAACCACAUCUCCACUAAGAUGGUUGAGUGCUCCAAAAUGCAGAACAAGGAGGCGGCGGACGCCAUCAUGAUGUUCAUCGGCUACGUGGUCCCAGCUGUGGCCGUUCUUUACGCCUUCGUGCUCAUUCUGCGCAUCAGAAAGGAGUCCACGCCUCUGGAUCAGGACUCCGCCCGCUUGGACCCUUCUAUCCACAGACUGCUGCUUGCCUCAGUCUGUAUGCAGUUUGUACUGUGGACCCCGUACUACAUGACCCUGCUGGUACACACUGUCGCCGGUGCACCGGGGUACAUUAGCAACGCACAUUACCUACCUACCUAUUACUUCUUGAGAUGCGUGUCCAAGCUGCUUGCGUUCUCCAGCAGCUUUGUGAUGCCUCUCAUGUACAGGCAGAUGAACAAGAACUUCUCCAGCAAGCUCCAGCGGCUGCUCAGGAGGCUGCACUGCCGAGACCAGUCCUGCUCUCAUGAACGCUCAACAGUGCAGCAAGUGGUGACGUGAGAUCUGCUCUUUUGGGGGUUCGCAACAACCCCUCCUACUCCCCCCUUAGCUAACCUCUUAGCCCAGCCGGCACUUAUCUCCCCCACCACCCCCCUGUAGAGCCAGUAUCUGAGCGGGCUCUCUCUGCACUCUGGACUGUGUUAAGAGCGACAGAGCUGACUGUGGAAUUUCCUGUCACCUCCCUGAUCUUGAUCUGAUCGCUCCAGCUCUGCAGAGGGAGGACAAAUCAAGCAAAAACAACCACUAAGUGCUGUUAUUUUUGUGUCACACAGCGAAGCUCUCCACUAAGACUCUUUCGGUUUCUAGUUUUGAGUGUGGUCAAUCGGCACAAUCAGCUGAUAGCCACCCAGCCCAGCGUGUCUCGCAGACAUUCAAUGAGAUAUCCUCGUAGGAUGGGAUUCCUUAGCACUGCAGCUUUGCGGUGGGCUCCGCCUCCCUGGUGUGUUUUGAAUAUUCUGCUGACAGUGUGCAAGUUUGACUUAUGCUUGACUGCCUACAUUUCACUGUAGAGUAUAAAUAUGCUGCUAGAUACAUUUGAAAUCCAAAAAGAAUCAUUUACGAAUGAUGCAUGAUGUUCUCACUUAACAAACAAGAAGAAUCAAUGAGCGCAAACUUUGAAUAAUCAAGAUAAGACGAGUCACGCUAGAGGCCUUCAUCACUUGAAACAAAAGACAGCUCCACGUCCUUUACAUAAAUGUGUUAGGAGUGAUUCCUCUGUAUUAUCAUUAUUAAUAGCUUUCAUGUUUUAAAGUGGAGUGCUAUGUUAGAGGACUCUAGCCUGAUUUCAAAAGCUUUCUUCGCUCUCCGUACCAGUACUGUCCUGUAGCUCCACGUGUGAACUGAAACACAGAGAUGUUCCCAUUUCACUUUCGAGGUUUUGCUCCAAAAGAGAUUAAUCUUGCAUAUUUUAUAAGCUGAAUCACAACCAACAUCACAGAAAACACAUGAACACACAUCCUCCACACCACCUCCGUACAGCUUGUAUUCAGGGUUCAGACAUAACCAGUAUACCUCUUGUGAUCUCUUGACGACAUCACACCACCAGUUGACCGUAAGCAAAACAGCUCAUUUAGAAUUAUCAUUUUCAAAGAGCGUGUCAGCCCAGGAUGAGAUUUAUGAAGCGGUGGCUCUGCAGGAUUUCUCACACAAGGUCAGUGAAGUCCCCACAGGGUCACAUAGAGGCCCUGAGGAGGUGGCAUGUACAUUCCUUGAAUUGUACGAGCACUUUUAGAAUAGUCGGGAUGUUUUUGUUCAAGGAGAUGUGAAGCCUGACAGGGAAACCAAAGAGGCGCCAUCAAGAUACUUCUCAAGAUAUAACAUUCAAGCCUGCAGGAAGUGCAUCAGAUGCAGAGUUUGUUUCGUAGUGCUGCUCAGAAUCUUUAUGGUCAUCCUUUCAUUAUAUGCAAAGGUGCUUUGCUUCCUCGCCCACUUCCACACAGAAAAUCAAACGUUGAUUUUGCAUAAGGUCUGUUGCAGUUUAUUUUUCAUCUGUAUUGUCUGCAUGUGAGGGCCAGUUUUUAAAUCAUCCUGUGAACACAAACACCAGUGGGGUGGGGCAUUCAUUUGAAGAGAAACUUGUGUGUGCACGUGUUAUUUUCACUCAAUAAAUGAUAGUAAUUUAUCUCUGUUUUAGUUUUGCCUUAAAAAAAUCUAUUUACUAUUUGACUGACUUUCACAAUCUUCCGUCUUCUUUUGCAAGUGUGCUUCAUUUUCACAAUUUGGAAGGAUUACCUGAUGUACUAACACGUAUUUGAUGAUUUUCAUGUAAUGUUUUAAAGAUUUCUACCAUCAUAUGGAAGAUAACUGUAAUUCAGAAACCUCUCAUGUUAUAGGGAUAACGUCUAUAAUUGAAGUAUCCACUAUUUUCAUUUUCACUGCAUAGCCCCAUCCACAUAAUGUGUAUCUACAAUCAAUCAUUGAGAAGUACUGUUUGUUUCCAGCUGAGGCGGUGUGUUUACAUUCUGUGCCACAGUGUAUGCUCCCCCAUAAACAGGCUUGUAAGUGACACAGUUAAUCUUUAUUUGAACUCAGUUCAAAGUCCUAAAGCUCACUGUUCAUUCAGAACCGGUAGGCCAACAGUUGCAUGCAGUCAUAUGAUAAGUGGUUUGAAUCAAGCAAAGCUUGUGACUGUUUAAUAGAUGGAUUUGAGCAACAAUGCAGAAGAAGAUGUCCAUUUAUGGCAAUAAAUGGGUUCACUUUAUACUGUGAGAAACUGGAGUUUUUCCCACUUUAAAUUUAACCAAAACUCUGACUAAAAUGUUCUGAACAAUGACGCAUAACUUUACGAUAAUCGGUUUAUUUUUUUCCUGGUUUUCUGUUUUUGUAUAAGCAGAAUAUUUUACCAUUGGUAUCAAGACAUCAACUUGAAGGCUCAAAGGAAGGUGUUAUUUUGGCAAUAAAACAGCAGAGAAUUAACCUUCAGAUUGGAUCUGUACCUACACAAAAUAAACAACAAUUGUGAUACA